AAUGAUAAGCGUGCGAAGGGAACACAGGAGUCCGCCACGUAAUUUUAAACGGCUAGGGGAUGCCGCGCGUCCAAUUACACGUGGGGCCCGCGGACUAUCCGGAAAUGGAAGCAUAUGAUACCCUACGCGACGUGCACUGCUUCCGAAGCCAUUCUCGCCGAUCGACGAGUCGUUCGGAUCUCUCCUCGUUCUUGAAAAUGGGAGGUGGGAAGGAUAAGCAUGAUGAGAAAGGAUUCUUUUCGGACUUGGCACAUGGACAUUAUCCACCAGGACACCACUCUGGAUACCCUCCACCACCUGGGGCGUACCCACCUCAAGGUUACCCCCCAGCACCUGGGGGAUAUCCUCAAGGGUACCCUCCACAGGGAUACCCACCAGCAGGUUAUUCCGGUCCAUCUGCUCCACAUCAAGGACAUGGAUCUCACAUGGGAGCGAUGCUAGCUGGGGGUGCAGCUGCUGCAGCGGCCGCCUAUGGGGCGCACCAUAUGUCUCAUGGUUCUCAUCAUGCUCCCCAGGGGGCCUACUAUGGGCACACGCCAGGCCACCACGGCAAGUUCAAGCAUGGGAAGUUUGGCAAGCACAAGCAUGGGAAGCAUGGUAUGAUAGGAGGGAAGAAGGGUAUGUUUGGAGGGAAGUUCAAGAAGUGGAAGUAAUUGCUAGUAGUUUUUGAUGGAACGUUUUCAUCAUAGUACCAAUAAAAUUUCUGCUGACUGUAUCACAAAGCUUUGUGCUUUGUUUUCUUGUGGUUGCCUUGAAUAUGUUUGCUACCUAUUAGCGCUUUAUAUUAUGUAUAGCUGAAUAAAGAAAACUUUAUAUAAAUAUGAUCUGCCCUUUUUUUCUACUGUUCA